AUGUUUCGAGACAAAUUCAGUCGGUUUAGCGUACCCAUCUUCCUGAACCCAAAUUUAUACUCCACUCAAUGCUACUCGAUACCUUCUCGUAUAUAUCCAUGCUCUAAAAAACACUUGACAUCAACUUUCAAGGUUGGAAAGACAUUUCAUUCGAGCCGAACAUUCUCGACAAGUCCAUCCACUGUCAUUCCCUCGUCAACACACUCAUCGGAAAUGAUAUGGUCUAACAAAAAUUUUAAAAAGACACUCAUGAACAACAAACAACACAAUGAUUCAAAAUCAAAUUUAAUUAUUUCAAAUUUUAACAGAGUACUAAGCAAAAAAUUUUCGUAUUCACGACUUGAUCAACAAAGAGAACCCUCUUUGACUCCUCACGAAACUUGUUCAAAUUUACCAAUGACUCAAAUUCUCUCCAUUGAAACAAGUUGCGAUGAUACAGCAGUUGCCAUUUUACAACAAGAUGGUAUUUCAAAAUUGUCUCCAAAAAUAUUAUUUGAAAAGGUCAUCACUCAUCAUGAAUUAGUUGAACAUUUUGGAGGAGUUCAUCCAACAGAAAUGGCAAAUAUGCACAAAAAAACUCUAGAUGGAAUGAUCGAACAAGCCUUAAAUUUUGUAAAAUGUGAAAAUGAAAAUGUUAAAAUUGAUGCUAUUGCUGUAACUAUUGGACCUGGUUUACCUCCUUGUUUAUCUGUUGGAGUUGAAACAGCAACAAUAUGGAGCCAAAAGAUGAACAUUCCAUGUAUACCCAUACAUCACUUGGAAGCUCAUUUACUCAUGCCCUUAAUGUUUUCUAAUACAGAUAUUCAAUUUCCAUAUUUAGCAUUGUUGGCAAGCGGAGGACAUUGUAUGAUUGUGUUUAGUAAAGGAAUUGGAGAUUAUGAAAUUAUUGGAUCUACUGAAGAUGACUCUAUUGGAGAGGCUUUUGAUAAAACUGCAAGAUUAUUGAAAGAGAGUGUUCAUGGAGAUUUAACUGAUUAUGCUUUGAAUAUUUUGAAAAAUUCAACAAGUUGUUACGAACAGAGUGGUACACUAAUGAAUAAUGUGUCAAGUGGUCAUGUACCAAACAAGACGCAUUUAAGUGGAGGAGCGUUGAUUGAAAUACUUGCCAUGAAAGGACAAGCUGAUAAAUAUCGUUUUGCAAUUCCAUUAAGGAAAGGUAAACGACAUGAAGAAAUUACUUUUUCUUUUAGUGGAUUGAAAACUGAGGUAUUAAAGGUAGUCAGGUCAGAACAAAAUAAUGGAGUUUCAAAAAGAGAGCUUCAUCGCAUGCUCAGCAAGCUGAGGAAUACUACAGUUUCAGAUGUGGGAAAUGAGGCAAACGCUUCCUCUACCAAAAUAUCCAUGGAAACUGCCUGUGACAUUGCAGCCUCCAUGCAACAAGCUGCAUUCACUCAUUUAAUGGAAAAGUUACAAUUAGCAAUAUUUAGAUACAGAUCCUACACCAACGAGUAUCCAAACACAUUGAUUGUGAGUGGUGGUGUUUCCGCCAACGAAUAUUUUAGAAAACAAUUGAUUGAGCUGACAGAAAAGAAUGAAUACUCACUCAAGAUUGCUCCUCUCAAAUAUUGUACAGACAAUGCCGUAAUGAUUGGAUUUGCUGCUUUGAAACGUUUGGCUAAUAAGUGCCAUGAGCCUUGCGGGACAUUUGAUAAAGAAAAGUAUUUACCGAGGUGGACCAUCACCUCAUUAGACCAAUUUUAUAAAAGGCACUGA